AUGUACGACCUUCACGAAUCAACAAAGUCAGCGAAAAGUCACUCGAACGGCUUCCCUCCAGACGCAAAAUACUGGAUAGACGAGUCUGUUAGAUAUGAGAAUCAUUUGGACUUCUACAGAGAUGCGAUGUUCUUCAUGAGUCGGAUCCGCGAGUCACAUCAGCGCCUCAAUCGAUGGGAGGAGAUUCGAAAGUCGAAGCAUCAAGCUCUUAUUAAGGCCAAAAAGGAACGCGCACCUGAAACGGAAAAUACGAGGCAAGCGAGCCUUAAAGCGUUCCUGAAUGGAGAGCCACUCAAAGUCAUGAUGGCCGAUUGGGUAACUUUCAUCUUCUUCAAAAGAGAAAGCGAGGAUUCAAUUUUGGCACCGCUUGAGGUUGUUUCUGGCGAGCCGGAGCCUCAAGAAAUUAUACAGCUCGCAUCAGUCUUCAACAGCAAGAAGAAGGCCACAUCUCAUGUAUAUCGAUAUCUCGAGAGGGUCUUGCCGACUGGCGUAGACGCCGAAUCUUUCAAGCGGCAGCCCUUGCCUGAAAGAAUCAGGAUUCAUUCCCAGCCGCUUUUGUGGGUCUUCGCGAAGACAUUCAAGGGUGCUCCUGUAAGCCCAGCAGAGGAUGGCUCUUUGGUGUUUUUACGACCGUAUCAAGAGCUUCAGUAUCACGAAGCAACGCUGCGAGAGAUACUCGACGACUUCGAAAAGCGCUUCGUGAACUACGACGGAUCAGACAGCAGUCUACCGCCCCGCUCGGCCGUCCAAGGCGCUGAUGACACCGGGAACACCGCUGCACCUCCUCAAUCUUCAAAUCAGCCUACCGCUAGCAUUAGAGAGGGCGAAGAAGUCAAGGACCCCACUGAAGCCACUAGUCGAAGUGGUCAAGAGGAGGACGCGGAGCCAUCUGACCCAGACAACAUGUCAAAUUCCAUCACCACGCUGCUUCACCUGCGUUGCCUUCUGCACUUCAUGGACAGUGAGAUCAAACCUAAGCAAGAGUACAUCAACAGUCAGGACUGUACUCACAUACACUUCCAUGAUUUGUGGUUUCUAUUCAAACCAGGAGACCUAGUCAUUGAUAAGGAGGAGAAGCAGGUGCAUGUUGUGUUACGUGUACAGAAUCCACGUCACAAGAUUGAAGAGCCCUGGGAAAGAUGGAACAGACGAAUGGGAGAAAGCUCUGACUCCGAUUCGGACUCCGAAGGCGAGGAAGAUGAAAGCGAGAACCCGUUCACUCUUUUCUGUGCCUACAUUGAUUUCGAUGGCAAAAUGUUUGGCCCGAUAACCAGGAAGUUCAAAAUCUCACCAUUUGGCGAAUUGAAGCAAAUCCGGUCUCUCCCUGUUUACCCUCUACGAUUCGCAAAGAACACGCAGUCUCGACAGAACAUCAUCGAAAGAAGUAAGAUGCUACUGGAUGUCGCCAAGUUCAAAGCUAUGUACUACAUGGGUGUUACUCUGGACAAGCGAGAUGAGAUUGACAGUCAAGUCGUCAUCGACUUCAACGAGGCUUUGUCCGAUGAAGCUAGGAAGAAAUGGGAGCCGAAGAUAGCACCCAUUAACACCGGCCCAGACCACCAGGAAGACGACGAACCUUGCAUAGCAAAGUGUUGUGACAUGCAGUCAAUACGAGACGGCUCUGCUACAGACACGAAGAUGACUCAGGAUUUCAUCAGAACUCUAAUUCCAGACACCUCACUGAGAGCACCGUCACUCAUCCUGUCCCCGAGAUCUUUUGAAGAAACCAGUAACUAUGGCGGCCAGUUGACAGAAACAGAACUGCUCAUCAUGACCUACCCCCAGCUUGACCUCACGUACCUACGAUACGAGAAUUCAAACGUAAGGAAUCUAACGGUUCAUGCAUUCGAGAAACUUGAGUUGCCUGAAGGUCAUAGGGAAAUGGUCAAAUCUUUGGUUGUUCAGCACUUUCGCACUAAACAGUCAGCUUUCACCAAGAAUGAGCAGACUGACUUGAUCCAAGGAAAAGGCAAAGGACUGAUUAUGCUGCUGCAUGGAGCUCCCGGUGUCGGCAAAACCACCACUGCAGAGGGGAUUGCGGAACUUUUCAGGAAACCUCUAUUUCAGAUCACGUGCGGAGAUCUUGGUACCACUGCGAAAGAGGUUGAGACCGAGCUAGAAAAGAACUUCGCCCUGGCAAGUAGAUGGGGAUGUAUCUUGCUUUUGGAUGAGGCAGAUGUAUUUCUGUCUGCGCGGGAGCGGACCGACUUCACCAGAAAUGGUUUGGUUGCCGUCUUCCUACGUAUCUUGGAGUAUUACACUGGAAUCUUGUUCUUGACAACAAACCGCAUCGGCGACUUUGACGAAGCAUUCGCCUCCAGAAUUCAUAUGAGUCUGUACUAUCCACCGCUGAACGAAGAUAAGACACUCAAGGUUUUCCAUCUCAAUCUCGAACUUAUCAAACAACGGUUCCAAAAGCAGGGGCGGAUCAUCGAGUUCGAUGAAUCGUCAGUUGAAGAUUUUGCGCGACAACAUUUCCACGAACACGAAUACCAUCGAUGGAACGGACGCCAAAUCCGCAAUGCGUGCCAAACUGCGCUGGCACUCGCAGAGUACGAUGCGCAAGAUGGAGCUCUGGAGAUUGACAGCCAAAUCGACAGGAAGGCCGUUGUUAAGUUGCAACUCAAAUAUUUCAGGACAGUUCAAAGAGCUUACUUGGACUUUGGGAAAUAUCUUGGCGAUAUUCGUGGCACGCAGGGCGAUCGCAGAGCCAUUGACUACAAGUUGCGUGCAAGGUCUGAUACACCGUGGCAGACAAGACCUAGCCUUCUUUCUCAACGCGGGGACUCAGGAUCUAUGAGUGGUCAUCGUGGAAGGCCUCAGCAUCUCCAAUCACAGAGAAGCACUUCAGACAUGUCGCAGCCCGUCUAUAGCACGCAGACCGAAACUUCUCAACAGACCUAUCGCCAGGACUAUCCCCAGGACCAUCGUCAGGAAUACCGCCAAGAAUAUCGCCCAUCUACACCUCAUGCCAAUCUGCCAUCACCACAAGUUUAUGAUCAACAUCCUCCACAGCCAAGUAGACCGCAAUCAUAUCAAGGGUCAACGGGGAAUCCGGGAGGCUCUGGUCAUUCAAAUCCAUAUGAGCAACAAGAGGAGAGACAUUAUGCUUCCCCGGACACUCGUUCCCUGCCGGUAAGGCAACAAAGCCGGUCAUUCGAUUCCCCGCAGGCAGGCUACCGGCAGGCGCAGGGCGGAGACGUACUGGUACGACCAGGGCUGAACUACGACAACUCUCCAUUGGCACAUCGCUCAUCUCAAAGCCAAAAGUCGCAUUACAGCUAUCGCGGUAGGAGUCAGGAGAAUGAUAUGCGAGGGUCGGAAGUGCCAAUGAGGGAGGCGGGAAACGUGACGCCCCGCUCCAUGUUCAGAGAUAAUCAAGGAUUUGAAAUCCCCAGAGGCCGGGACAAUUAA